AUGGGUCGCCGGCCGCGGCCAGGAACCGGCGAAAAUAAGACGGAUACUGGGGCGGAGGGGCGCAGUGGUCAGACACACCGCUGGCUUGUCCCCGCGUCCCUGCUGGGAGGCUGGAGCGGCAACGAUGCCUGGCAGGAAAGUUCCAGGGCUGGAAAAAGAAGAAAAAAAACAGAAAAGGCACUCCAGGCCCUGCCGAUCGGCAUCAAACGAGGCAAACAGAAACUACAGUAUGUCUGGGAUGGCACAAUAAUUAAAGCCGUUCAUCCUGACAAGGAUGGACACAACAACACACCAGGAGGUCUGCUGGGCAGAUCGCUGGGUGGCCUGAGGGACAGGCUGUGGUCAGGCUUCUUUCCAUCGCGAAAGUCUGUGACGCCCGACUAUUGGGACUUUGUCCGUUGGAGGUGCACACAUCGUUUCUUUGGCUCCCUUGUGAGGCUCUUUGGGACUCAGUCGCUGCUCGUGGCAGUGGGUGUUGGUGGUAGGGAUGCCCUCACCGCGUCUGCUGCCAUUAACUGGAUGCUCAAGGAUGGCCUCGGGCGUGUGGCAAGGAUGACAGUCGCAACUCGCUACGGAGACGUGUUUGACUCCAACUUGAAACGCAUGCGCUUCAGCACAGCGAUCCUAUUCUCGGCAUGCAUGCUGUGUGAGGUUCUCACGCCCUUCCUGAGACGACACUUCCUGCUACUGGCCAGCAUAGCCAAUGUGGGCAAGGCCGUAUCACUGACCACCCACGUCUCAACAUCUCCAGCCCUGGCCUCCAGCCUGUGUCUGGAGAGCAACUUGGCAGACAUCACCGCAAAGACUCAGGCACAACACAUGGUGGUGGACACCCUGGCACUUGCAGUUGCUGCCAGUAUGAUACACUUGUCCAGGAACUCAAUCAGUGUGACCAAAUUCUUGCCGCUGGCAGUGUACCCAGUUGGAACGGCAGUCGAUCUGUACGCCACCUACCGUGAGCUCAAGGCUGUGGAGCUGCGCUCCCUGAACUGCGAGCGUGUGCAAAUGAUCGCCGACCAUUGGGUGCGCACUGGCGGCCUGAGGUCCCCCAAGGAGAUCAGCCGUCUGGAGAGCCUGCUUGGAGAGCCCAACAUUGGUGGCGGCUUUCUGCCACUUUCUAUCGGCCCUGCUGACAAGCUGGCAGCAUCUCCACACGAACUGCAGGCCCUGAUGAAUCACCACCGCCAUGACAGGUACAUGCUGGGCUACCAGCGCCAGCAGCGGGUUGGUUUCAGGAGGAUGGGUGAGUCAAUCGCUGUGAGCCUCAGCGAGGAAGCGACAUCGAGGGACAUAGUCACCGCAAUCUUGCAGGCCACCCACUUGAGGGCGCUCCUCCGUGCUCGCAAUCCGAUGUCAGCCAGUGCUCCAAACGCGGAAGUAGAGGCUUUGGAGAUAUCGUCCAUGCUGGAAGAGAGUCGCCGCAGGGCCCGCCGGGGGGCGGGGAGUUUCAUGAAGAGGCUGUGCGCUGCAGGGUGGACUUGCCAUCCAUUCCUGCUGUCGGCGACUGAAAAGCAGACGUACACCCUGCUCUAG